CCGAUCCCUCGCCUCGCACGCGCACUAAUACCUAACAUUGACGUCCAUCGGGGAAGCGGUGACUCGGAGUGGGCGAGCGGUGCGGUGCUGUCGGCGUCUCCCUCCCUUUUUGUGCACAAGUUUUUCUUGGCCGGGACGUCGCCGGGAUCUCACCAUCCGAGGACGCUCCCCCCCCACUCGGCGCCGCUGGGACGCCGCUUGGCUCGAGGAACUAACAACCUACGCCAGCGCCCGUGCAGCGCCCGCGCGGUCGCUAAAUUUCCGCCACAGGCGCGCGAUGCUGAGUCCGAGGAGUCGCAGGGCCGCCGACGGGGAGGGUCAAAACGGCAGCGGAAGGGUGCCAUGCAGCGUCGUGGUUGGCGAGGCGCCGGGCUUGUAUGCUUGGGGUCCGGGAGACCUUUCCCGACUCUUCUUAGCCGCACGCACCUCAGUGCGCGCGUGUGCUGAACCGUACUCCGGCUCUCCGUCGCGGACCAGACGCCUAUGCGAGGCCACCCGUCCUUUCUCUCUCGCGACAUAAUCCAGCCUACGUCAGCCGCAUUGUUCCAUCCCAGGCUCAUCCCCUCACGCGCAUGAGCGGGCAUAAUCGCCGCCAUGUACGGCAUCAACGCAAAUUACGACUCCACGGCCGCCACGACCGGCGUGCCCAUCAAUCCCCGUCACGAUGCGCACGAGGAAGAGCUCGCGGCCGCCACCGCGCAGACCACCGAUCCGACCAAGACGCAGGCCACCUCCAUCACCGAGGCCGGGGGCAACGACGAAAAGCUUGGAUCCUUCCCCAACUCGCUGGGCAAGGACGACGAGGACGAUUCGCCAGAGGCGGAGAUGGUGCGCCGCACUUCCGUCGUGCAGGCCCUUGCGCGCUCGUACUCGCGAGCCUCUGGCGCGGCACCUGGCGGCACCGAGAAUCCAUUCUUCGCCGAGGAGGACUCGCCCUUGAACCCAAACUCGGCCAGCUUCAGCGGUCGCGAGUGGGCCAAGGCCGUCGUCGAGCUCGUGUCGCAGGAUGGUGGCGGCUUCCGCUCGGCUGGCGUCUGCUUCCAGAACCUCAACGUCCACGGCUUCGGCGCGUCGACGGAUUACCAAAAAGACGUCGCCAACGUGUGGCUGUCCCUCGCAGCGACUGCACGUCAACUCACGGGCUCUGGCCGCCAGCGCAUCGAUAUUCUGCGUCAGUUUGACGGCCUAGUGCACAAAGGAGAAAUGCUGGUGGUGUUGGGCCCCCCUGGAUCCGGUUGCUCCACCUUCCUCAAGACCAUUGCUGGAGAGAUGAACGGCCUUUUCGUCGACGAUGGGUCCUAUUUCAAUUACCAAGGCAUUGGCGCUAAGGAGAUGCAUUCGAACCAUCGCGGCGAGGCAAUUUACACCGCCGAAGUGGAUGUGCAUUUCCCCAUGCUGACUGUUGGCGAUACCCUCACUUUUGCCGCCCGCGCCCGCCAGCCCCGCCAGCUACCCCAAGGUCUCAACAGGAAUGACUUUGCCGCCCACCUCCGCGAUGUGGUCAUGGCCAUGUUUGGCAUUUCGCAUACCAUCAACACGCGGGUUGGCAAUGAAUACGUGCGAGGCGUCUCGGGUGGCGAGCGCAAGCGUGUCACCAUUUCUGAAGCCGCCUUGUCUGGCGCGCCCCUGCAAUGCUGGGAUAACUCCACCCGUGGCCUGGAUUCCGCCAACGCUAUCGAGUUCUGCAGGACGCUUCGCCUGCAGACGGAGCUCUUCAGCAGCACUGCCUGCGUGUCUAUCUACCAGGCACCGCAGAGCGCCUACGAUCUCUUCGAUAAGGCUGUCGUCUUAUACGAGGGUCGCCAGAUCUUCUUCGGUCGCGCUGAUGCUGCUAAGCAAUAUUUCAUCAAUCUCGGCUUCGAGUGCCCUGCCCGUCAGACUACCCCCGACUUCCUCACCUCCAUGACGUCGCCACUGGAGCGCAUUGUCCGCCCUGGCUUUGAGGGCAAGGCGCCGCGAACACCCGAUGAGUUCGCCGCCGCCUGGAAGAAUAGUGUCGAGUACAAGGCCCUGCAAGCCGAAAUUGAGGACUACAAGAUUGCUCACCCCAUUGGUGGUCCCGAUGCAGAGGCAUUCCGUGCUUCCAAGCAUGCUCAACAGGCUCGCGGCCAGCGCAAGAAGUCUCCCUACACCUUGUCAUUCGGCCAACAGGUCAAGCUGUGCCUGUGGCGAGGUUGGAAGCGAUUGACUGGCGACCCCAGCUUGACCGUCGGCGCCCUUAUUGGCAACUUUAUCAUGGCUCUUAUCAUUGGCAGUGUUUUCUUCAAUCUCGGCGAUUCGACCGGAAGCUUUUUCCAGCGCGGCGCCUUGCUCUUCUUCGCCUGCUUGAUGAACGCCUUUGCCUCCGCCCUUGAGAUUUUGACAUUGUAUGCCCAACGACCCAUUGUCGAGAAGCACAGUCGGUAUGCUCUAUACCAUCCGUCGGCAGAGGCCGUCGCAUCAAUGCUGUGCGACAUGCCCUACAAGAUAUUGAACUCGAUCGUCUUCAACUUGACGCUCUACUUCAUGACGAACCUGCGGAGAGAACCGGGGCCUUUCUUCUUCUUCCUGCUCAUAUCUUUCGUCACGGUUCUGGUCAUGUCCAUGAUCUUCCGCACCAUCGCAUCGGCUUCUCGCACCUUGUUUCAGGCGCUCGUUCCCGCCGCCAUAUUGAUCCUUGACCUGGUUAUUUUCACUGGUUUCGUCUUGCCCAAGCGCUACAUGUUGGGCUGGUGCCGUUGGUUGAGCUAUAUUGACCCUCUCGGCUACGCAUUCGAAGCCCUAAUGGUCAACGAGUUCCACGAACGCAAGUUCGAGUGCAACCAGUACGUGCCAACGGCUCAGGCCCCAAGCCCAGCAGCCCCCAAUUUGCUGUCUGAGUAUGCCAACGUGGGUGGCAACAACCGGGUUUGCAGCGCCGUCGGAUCCAUUCCUGGCCAAUCCUAUGUCCUAGGCGAUGACUACGUGUACCAGCAGUUUGAAUACCAGUGGAACCACAGAUGGCGCAACUUUGGUAUCGUCAUUGCGUUCACCAUCUUCUUCCUCAUCUGCUACAUGGUGGCUGCCGAGCUGGUGUCCGAAAAGAAGUCCAAGGGCGAGGUUCUUGUCUACCGCCGCGGUCACAAGCCCGCCGCUGCCAGGCACGCCGAAAAGAAACGUGACCCCGAAGCGGCAAUGGCAAAUAUCGGACCCGUCAUUACUGCUGAGCGCAGCCGUGGUCAGGUGGGCAAGGAGGGUGGAUUGCUCCAGGAACAGACGUCUGUGUUCCAGUGGCAUGACGUCUGCUACGACAUCAAGAUCAAGGGUGAACCGCGCCGCAUCUUGGACCAUGUCGAUGGCUAUGUGAAGCCGGGGACCCUCACUGCGCUAAUGGGUGUGUCGGGCGCGGGCAAGACCACUCUCCUGGACUGUUUGGCGGACCGCACCUCGAUGGGUGUCAUUACGGGAGAGAUGCUGGUGGACGGCCAGCCUCGUGAUCGAUCCUUCCAGCGCAAGACCGGCUACGUUCAACAGCAAGACCUCCACUUACAAACGACAACCGUCCGCGAGGCUCUCAACUUCAGCGCCAUUCUUCGCCAGCCAGCUCACGUGCCGAAGGAAGAAAAGCUAGCCUACGUUGAGGAGGUCAUUAAGCUAUUGGAAAUGGACGAAUAUGCCGACGCCGUCGUUGGCGUUCCUGGCGAAGGCCUUAACGUUGAGCAGCGCAAGCGUCUUACAAUCGGCGUGGAGCUCGCUGCCAAGCCCCCCCUACUGCUUUUCGUUGACGAACCCACCUCCGGUCUUGAUUCGCAAACGUCUUGGGCAAUUCUGGAUCUCCUUGAGAAGCUGACCAAGGCUGGCCAGGCCGUGCUUUGCACAAUCCACCAGCCUUCAGCAAUGCUCUUCCAACGCUUCGAUCGCCUCCUGUUCUUGGCAAAAGGCGGCAAGACUGUCUACUUUGGUGAGAUUGGCGAGAACUCGAAGACUAUGACCAGCUACUUCGAACGCAAUGGUGGCCACCCGUGUCCUGACGAGGCCAACCCCGCCGAAUGGAUGCUGGAAGUUAUCGGCGCUGCACCCGGAACGACUACAGACAUCGACUGGUUCCAGACUUGGCGUGAGAGCUCCGAGUACACUGCCGUCCAAGACGAACUCGAGAACAUCAAGCGCGAAAAACAGGGCAUUGCAGCACAGACCGAGGAUGAGGACCCCGGCAGCUACCGUGAAUUUGCCGCGCCGUUCUCGGUUCAGGCCAAGGAGAACCUUUUCCGAGUCUUCCAGCAAUACUGGCGAACCCCGGUAUAUAUCUACGCGAAAACGGCGCUCUGCACCCUCGUUGCGCUCUUCAUCGGUUUCAUCUUUUUCCGUGCGCCCAAUUCUAUUCAGGGCCUGCAGAACCAGAUGUUCUCCAUUUUCCAGCUCCUCACCGUCUUCGGUCAGAUUGUUCAGCAGUCCAUGCCCCAGUUCGUCAUCCAACGCUCCCUAUACGAGGCUCGCGAGCGUCCCUCAAAGGUCUAUUCUUGGAAGGUCUUCAUGCUCUCGCAGAUCAUCGUGGAGCUGCCCUGGAAUAGCUUGAUGGCCGUGCUCAUGUACGUCUGUUGGUACUACCCUGUCGGCCUCUACCGCAAUGCGGAGCCGACUGACGCUGUCACCGAACGCGGGGCACUCAUGUUCCUUUACCUCCUGAUGUUCAUGCUCUUCACCGGUACUUUCUCGACGUUCAUCAUUGCUGGUUUCGAGACCGCAGAGGCCGGUGGCAAUCUCGCCAAUCUCAUGUUCACGCUUUGCCUCAUCUUCUGUGGUGUCCUGGCCCAGCCGAACACCCUGCCUCGCUUCUGGAUCUUCAUGUAUCGCGUAUCGCCGUUCACAUAUUUGGUCAGCGGUCUUUUAUCAACAGGCGUGGCCAACACAAACGUUAUUUGCGCCGACAACGAACUGCUGCAUUUCUCGCCGCCUUCGGGAAAGACUUGCGGCGAGUACAUGUCCACGUACAUCAAAGUCUUUGGUGGCAGCUUGGAAGACAAGAACGCAACCUCGGAGUGCUCAUACUGCCCCAUCUCAGAGACGAACAAGUUCUUGGAGGGAGUCAGCAGCAACUACGAUGACAGGUGGCGCAACUUUGGCAUCCUGUGGGCCUUUGUUGUGUUCAACAUUUUUGCCGCACUCUUUGUGUACUGGCUGGCACGAGUGCCCAAGAAGAACCUUGGCAACGAGAAGAAGAAGAAGAAGGAGUAGCUAGCCCCCGCGACUCCUUCGAGUAUUCUCUUACUUGUGCUUUCUCUUUUACAGACUCGUCCAUCUCCUCACGAGUCUUGAACAUCUUGUUUAGCGGAACCUGCGGCUGUGGUGCGCUACACUGAGUCCUGCAGGUUUCGCUGUCAUUUAAUCAUGUUGCAUUGGGUCGCGGAGUUGAACUCUCGCCACGCUCCAGUCCACGUCAUAGAUACGACUGGGCCCGGUCACUUCCUAUUUGUUGCAAAUUACAGCCGGUACAUUUAUACGUACAGAAGACUGGGUGUCGGAUCAGAAUAGAGUGGUACAUAAUGUAAAAUUAGAUUUUUGUCAGUUUCGGGAAAGCGAUGCUCCCAAUACGGUGCUGCAUUGAAUGGUGCC